AUGGCUAAGGAUAUGGUGUACCUGGUCACAGGAGGAUGCGGAUACAUAGGGGAACAUAUUGUGAAAAUAUUGGCCAAAGAGGAUUAUAUUAAGGAGGUCAGAAUUUUUGAUGUUGUGGAAGUGGACAGCAUCAAAAGCUUCAGUACAGAUUCAACCACUGUGAGACUUAUCAAAGGAGAUAUUACAGAUUAUAAUCAGCUCCAGAAAGCUAUGGAAGGAGUCGAUGUUGUUAUUCAUACAGCUGCCCUGGUGGACUAUUUAGACACAUUGCCUUUUCACAAAAUGGAAGCUAUUAAUGUUGGAGGUACAAAGAAUGUGCUGAAAGCUUGUAUAAGCAUGGAUGUACGUUAUAUUGUGUACACUAGCUCUGUAGCUGCCGUAGGACCAAAUUCAAACUAUGAACCAAUGUUGAGAGGUACUGAAGAUACAAUGUACAACGGAAAGACUGAACUAUCCUAUGGGAAAACCAAGGCCUGUGCUGAAAAUAUAAUUCGUCAGGCUAAAGGCACACAGACACGCAAUGGGAAACUAUUAGUCACAUGCGCCAUUCGACCAAGUAACAUUUAUGGAGAAAAAUCAGUGACUGUAUUGGAAAGUUACCUGUCUGCAAAAUCUAAAAACGGUUUAAUAACCUGUAUUGAACCUAAAAAUGUUGACCAUAACUACACAUAUGUUGGUAACGUAGCCUGGAUGCAUGUACUUGCAGCACGAAACCUGCAGCUGAAACCUGCGAUCCUCGGAGGACAAGUGUAUUAUGCCUACGAUGACACUCCUAUGAGACACAGAAGCGAUUUGUAUACGGCUUUAUAUAGUGAAAUAGAUCCUCGCAUGACAGAGACAAAACACGUCCCUUACUGGAAGAUGUGGUUAAUUGUUCACAUUUACAGUAUAAUCAAAUUUCUUGUAAGUCCCUUUUGUAGUUUAAAGCCUUUUGUGACGCCUCCAGUUUUAAAACUGAUUUUUACUACAUUUUCUUAUGAGACUGACAAGGCAUUCAGACACUUUGAAUACAGGCCUCUCUUCAGCUGGCUAGAAAGUAAACGUAAAACCUGUGAGUGGUUAAAACAAGCAACUGAGAAUUUGCAAAACAACCACAAAAACCACAAGCAAAAAUAA